ACUUGUUCUAGUAGCUUGGGAUAUUUAAGCAUUGCUACAAAGUUGAUUAAAAUGUUGCUUCCUCAUUAAGGGAUGAUUGUGCCUGAUCGCCUUGUUGAAUUUGAGGGUAUGGAUGUUGCUAUAGAGGUUUAUGCUAAUCUUGAGUUGAAGAAGGUUUAUGAUCAAGGUUCAUCGCAUGUUUCUUUGGUUGGAUCUCCUAUUGAAGAAGAGGAAGGAUCAAGUAGCUUUGGGAUGUGGAGGAUUCUGCUAUGAUUGUUCAUAGUGGACAUAGUUUUUUUAAUGCAAAAGUUUCUCAAGACAUCCUUCCUUCUUUGAAUGCUUAGCUUUUCAAACCUUUUGUUGAACCUGCAUAUAAGAACAUUUAUUUUUGGAAAAACACUUAGGUUGCAUUGUUUUUAUGUUUCUCUACCUUUUACAAAUAUUUUAUCUUUAUAUUAUUAAAUUUGGAACUUUUUA